AUGGUAAACAGCAAGCUACAACAAUGUCGACAGAUCAUUGCGGAGGCCGCCAACGGUCCCACCACACCUGCUGCAGACAAGAUCCUCAUCGAUCGCAACAUUCUCGUGAUCCCCGACCUCUACAUCAACGCUGGUGGUGUCACCGUCUCAUUCUUCGAGUGGCUCAAGAACCUCAAUCACGUGUCUUACGGACGUCUGACAUUCAAAUACGAGAGGGAAUCUAACUACCAUCUGCUGGAAUCGGUCCAAGAGUCCCUAGAGCGGCGAUUCGGUCGCGUCGGAGGCCGCAUCCCCGUCACUCCCUCAGAGUCCUUCCAGAAGAGAAUCUCCGGCGCCUCCGAGAAGGACAUCGUGCACUCCGGACUCGACUACACCAUGGAGAGAUCCGCUAGGGCCAUCAUGAAGACAGCCAUGAGGUUCAACCUCGGCUUAGAUCUGAGGACAGCCGCGUAUGCGAACUCCAUCGAAAAGAUAUUCACCACGUAUGCCGAUGCCGGUCUAGCUUUCUAAUAAUUCACUUACUGAAUACCAAUUUUAAAGUAUUGUCUGUAUAGUAUUUUCUGAGGAAUUCGAAAGUCGACUGGACGUUCAAUCCAAUAUUUAUUUCCUUCAUUUUACAGUACAGUGAGAUCACGACACGAGAUUAAACCAUUAGGGUUAUUUUAUUCGUAUUGUCUGCAUUUUAUACACUUCGAUUUAAUCCCUGUGCACGUAAACUUUACUUAUAAGAGACAUUGUAAUCACAGUAUUUUUUUGUUUGUUGAAAUCAUGGCUUUUUAUUUGAAUUUAAGCGAAACAUUGUUAAAUAUUUAUGUGAAAAUAUAAUUUUCCUUGUAUCAAUC